AUGCGAACCUUGCAAAUGGAAGAAUGGUUCCUCAACUUUACCCAGUUUCAGCGAACUGCAAUUACGCCAGAAACGGUGGGAACAGUGAGCAAUCCGAGGUUGGAGUAUGCUUUGAACACAACAUUUAAGAGCGUGCAAUUUUCUAGCUUUUUAGGUAUGAAUAAACGGUUUUUUUUGGGGUUAAAAGUUGUAUUAAUGGUAAUAUAUUAUGGUAAAGGGGACAAAAUUUAUCUUAUUGGGUCUUUUUACUCCCUAGUUGAUUUUUACCUUAAGAAACAUUUAGGUAUAGGCGGCAGGGACGUAUUAUAGCUGGGGAGGCGGAUCUAUCUCUCCUUCUCCAGAAAUAUAAUUUUAACGACUGAUAGGCGAGAAUAUCUGUAGAUGCUUGAAUGGACCUUAUAAUUUUUAGGUGGAUGUAUUGUACAUCCAAUCUACCGUAUAUACAAGCUUGUGACGAGGGAUCCGGCUAAAGAAACGACGAACACAACCAAAAUUAUUCGAAAUGCUUCAAGGAAACUACAGGUAACCAUGUUAUAAAAGCUAUAAGAGAAGAGUAAAAUAUUUGGCGGUGUGAAAAAUUCAUUAUAUUCGAUUUUUCCGAUUUUUUGAAAAUUUACUUUGAUAGAGGGCACAGAAUUAUGUGGGCAAUCUAAUAUAAUAAGUAAUACAUAUGUCAGUAAAAAGGAUAAUAUACGACAUUACACAACUUACUUUUAGGGUCGUAUUUUACUGGCUGGACUAGCAGUAGGCCCGAUUAUUGGAUAUCUCUUACCAUACUUUGGUGGCGUUAAGGAACCACAGCUGAAACAACUGUGCUAUGAACAUAGGAUAUCAGGAGACAUGUUGGUUUGGGUAAGUUUAGGCUAACUUGAUGUUAUAACCAGGGCUCGACGAGUAGACAAGCUUUAGAUGGGAUUUGUUAUUAGUGAAAGGGCUAUGGUAUUUCUGUUGUAAAUGAGCUUUUGGUCGAUUAUAUUAUGGUCAACUAUAGUUUUUUCUUGAUUUAAAAUAUAUGAUAAAAGGAUAUUGUUGUAGGAUCGAGCCACAGUAACAUUCGGCUUCGUUGGAUGGUAUUGGAAACGAUUCCAAGGCAUGGUAGAUGGAGUUAACCUUGCUUUAGCCUACGUAAUCGCUUAUCACUACGUAAGUUUUUUUUAGUUUUUUUACAACAAAAACUGGUGUUGCCUUGAGGAUAUACUGCAGUUUGUGUAUAUAUACUGUAUCUUUCAAAUUUAAAACAAAAAUGAAUUACAAAUUAAAAAAUUUUAAAUUCCAGGUGAUCAAGACGAAAACGAACGUUCUUCUAACCGACAAAUUCAAACCAGAAGAGCUACAUAAGACUGUGGAGGAGGCAGAACAAAAAACAGAUUAUCUGAAAGGCCAGUUCAAGACCAAGGAUCUCUUUGUCCAAAAGUCGUAG